UAUUUGCCAAAAAUGUAUCAUUUUUUGUUGACAAAUAUCCGCAGUUACAUGUGUUAUCCGCUCUGAUUUACUUAAAUUGUUUGCUUAAAAUAUUAUUUGAUCUCCAGCUUAAAGGUGAAAAAUUAGCAGUUUUCAUUAAAAUUUGGAAAAAUCCUUGCUCGUUUUUAUUCGAGUUUAAGAAGCAAUAAAAUAAUAUUAUGGUAUACAUCUCUAUAUUGUAUUUUAUUUUUCAUCGUAAUGAUUGUGUAAUUAGCCUCGAAUAACGCAGCACGUUUAACUGUCUAAUAUUGCCAUUUAGUUAUUUUUCAAUCUAAAAAGUUUCAUCAAGCAGAGAAAAGUACUUUCUUCUACUCUAUUUGAAGUUUUUAUCGUUUUUUAUUGUUUUUGAUAAACUAGAGAUCAAAACUGAAUCUUGAUCAGCAUCAAGUAGACCGAUAAUUGUUAAAAACUAUUAACUUGGUCUAUGUGUACUUGAAAAUUUAUCGUUUGAUAUUUUUAAACUCAAGCUUUGAAAUCAAGUAAUAUAAAAAAAUUUAUUAACUACAGAUUUUACCCAUUUGAAAUUUUUCUCAUUUAUUGGACUUCAACAAAUAGAAUUGAAAAAAAAUACAAUCAACAGAUUUUAUCAACUUGAUCGUAGUUAAGCAUUGAUUGGACUUGAAAAAGAUGCAGCAACAUUCCAGUCUUCAUGGAAACAGAAAACAACACAACCCAAAUGCAAUGUACGAAGAGCCACUGUCUGGCAGAGAAGCGUGGUGGAGACAGGAACUGAGGUCGACGCCAGUGCCUGGAUCCUAUUCGCACAGAGGCAUGAGCGAGGAGUUGGAGUCUAGAUUAUGCAAUUACUCCUUCCGCUCCUCCGGCAGAUCCAGACCCGCCCACUCUACCCUCCCGCGCACCGGUUCUGAGCUGAUGCCAGGCCAGUACAACUUCGAGGACUUCUUCCUGACGAUGUUGAAGAAGCCCCAACUGAGCUCAAUGCGUGCCCCUCCCCGUCAAAGUCUAGUGGACGAGACCAACAACAAUGUCAACAUAGCCCCCGGAACUUAUUCGACGGAGACGUACAACACUAUAUCGGCCGAGAAGUUGCCAUCCCACCAUGUCAUGUUCCGAUCGGCUGAGCCGAGAGCGUCUCGUGUAUUUGACCCGAAGAAGGGACCUCCUCCCGGGGGAUACGAACUGCCCAAGUCUCCGCCGAAACAUGUCGUCAAGUCAAGUUUUCUGAGCUCGGUGCCUCGAUUCACCCGACGCACUACACUGACCCCGGGUCCAGGGGCAUACGGCGGGAUGAGUCUCACCCCCUCCUCCAAAGUUCUCAAGAACCAGCUGGGGAAAAACACAGGUCUCUUCUUCACCCCUAGCACUGCCAUGGCUUGAACUGCAGUCCGCAACGACACAGAGCAGAAAAAAAUCAGUUAUGGUUGUUAACGGAUAAGUGCACUGCCAAUGUACUAAGAACAGUUUAACUCCAAUUAAGUUUAUGAAAU